AUGUGGGCGACGCUCGAGCGAGCACUGACGUCCAACGAGUCGGCGACCGCCAAGGCGCUGCGCCGCGCGUGCGAAGAAGGCGACGCCGAAGCAGCCCGUCGCCUUCUCCUGCAGGCGAGCCCUUUGGACAUCACGGCGGCGGAUCCGAGCACGGGGCGCGUGGGCCUGCACCUCGCCAGUAUGAACGGAUACGGGCGCGUCGUCUCGGCGCUGCUGCCGUUACUGGACGACAUCAACCAGCGUGAUUUUAAAGGGUGCACUGCGCUGCAUCUCGCCCUCGAGCAUGGCAAAGAUGACGUGGCGAGAAUGCUUCUGCGCCAUGUUGCUACUGAUGUCAACGCCGCAGACAGCCUGGGCGAGACGCCGCUCAUGCUCGCGUGCGCGAAAGGCAAACCCGACCUCGUGAACGCUCUUCUAGCGUGUCCGUACAUAGAGGUGCUCCGCUAUAACAAGGCGGGCGACACGGCGUUGCAUGUGGCCGCCCGCGUCGGUCGUGCCAACUGCCUUCGACUCCUCGUACGCGCGCCGGGUCUCACGGACGUCAACUGCCCGAAUCUGAUGAAUGGUGAGACUGCGCUCAUGGCCGCACACGCCUCGCACUAUGCGACGCGCGCGCUCCUCAGCCACCCGUCGAUCGACGUCAACCGCACCGACAACAACGGCAACACAGCGUUUAUGGUCGCUUGCUCGUACGACAACAUGGAGACCCUUCAAGAGCUCAUCAACGCGCCCGGCCUCGACAUGAACCGCGCCAACCACAGCGGCCUCACGGGGUAUGCGCUGGCCUGCCAAGCCGAGAACCCGAUGCUGGCGGCCCACCUCUUGACGUUGGCGGGCAUCGAUGAGUGCCAUGUCCCUACGGCCGGCGGACACAUUGCGCUGGCGGUGGCGAGUGCGCUGCACCGCGUCGAGUCGGUCCGAGCGCUGCUUGCGUCACCCGACAUCAACCCCAACUACUGCGACGCCAGUGGCAUGACGGUCCUGCUGCAGAUGUGUUUAAACUCGGGCAGCGAAGAGAUUGUCGCCCUCUUCCUAGCGAUCCCGACCAUCGAUACAAGCGUCCUGGACAAGCACGGCAACUCGUGUCUGACGCUGGCGGCGCAGCAAGGGCACGCCGGUCUUGUCUCGCUGCUGCUUGGCCACGGCACCUUUGACGUCAAUCAUAGCAACAAGGAUGGUCUUUCGGCGCUCAUGAUUGCGUGCGUCGCCAACGACGCUGCGAUCGCGUCGCUCUUGCUGCAAGUCCCUACAAUUGACCUCGCUCUGCGCGAGAAGCGCACUCAGCGCACGGCACUUAUGCUUGCCAGCGUCCACAACGCCGGCGCCAUCACAGCCUUACUGCUUGCGCACCCUCACCUCGUUGAACGGAAUGCGACCGACCAUACCCAGGCGACAGCACUUGUCUUGGCCGCACAGCACAACGCACGCGACGCUGUCCAGGCCUUUGCUUUGACCAGCACCGGCAUCGACUUUGCUGCCACCAAUGCGGCCGGCGACUCGGCGUUCCUUCUUGCAGUGGUCCACGGCUACAUGGACGUGGCGCGCCACCUCUUGCCCUUCAUUGAUGUCAACGCCCCGCACCCGACGACGGGCCAGACAGCGCUCAUGCUCGCGUGUGCCCAGCCAUUCCCGCGCAUGAUCGAGCUGCUGUUAACGAUACCAGGAAUUGCCAUCAAUGCCCUCGACCAGGCGGGCGAGUCGGCGCUGCUUGUGGCCUGUCGCUGGAACAACGUGGUCGCUCUGCAGCUUCUGUGUGCGCUGCCGUCGCUGGACCUCUUCGUGUGCAGCAAGACAAACGCCCAUGCGUUGGAGAUUGCGGCGACCGUCGACAACCCGCAAGUCGCCGCGACGCUGUUCCAUCGCCUCUUUACGAUGCACAUGCACCUUGCUCUUCCACGCGAGCUCGCCGAGAUGAUGGCAACCUUUUAUGGCCCUCGAUAUUAGUGAAAACACCCGUACAUAUAUAUAUUUGACCCUUUUGGGAUAUUUGAAUAUACCGGU